AUGCGCGCUCGCUUCGAGAACCUGGUGCUCAACGCCCAAGACUCCAUUAUCAAGGCCAUUGAGGAAGUCGACGGAAAGAAGUUUCGCAAGGAUGCAUGGAUGAGGCCUGGUGGUGGUGGCGGGAUUAGCGGCGUUCUUCAGAACGGCAAUGUGUGGGAGAAGGCGGGUGUCAACGUGUCUGUCGUUUACGGCACUAUGCCCCGUGAGGCUUACCGUGCUGCCACGGGCGAGUCUGCUCCAUCUGAUGCCAGCUCCACUGGCGACGGACGGAUUCCUUUCUUUGCUUGCGGGAUAAGUUCUGUCAUGCAUCCUUGGAAUCCAUUCGCUCCUACUAUGCACUUUAACUAUCGCUAUUUCGAGACUGACGCGCCUGCCGGAGUGAAGGAUGCUCCACGGGCGUGGUGGUUUGGUGGUGGCACGGAUAUCACUCCCUCGUACCUCUUUGAAGAGGAUAUGAAGCACUUCCACGGGCUGCAAAAGGAGGCAUGCGACAAAAUUGACACUUCCUUUCAUCCGCAAUUUAAGAAGGCCUGCGAUGACUAUUUUCUUAUUAAGCACCGUGGUGAACGACGAGGAUGUGGAGGGAUUUUUUACGAUGACAUGAACCAGCAUGACCCCAAUCUGCUCUUCAACCUCGCGAAAGAGUGCUCCGCUGCAGUGGUGCCUGCAUACGUCCCACUUGUGGUCAAGCGCAAAGAUACUCCAUACACGGAGGAGCAGAAACAGUGGCAGCAGCUCCGCCGUGGCCGUUAUGUCGAGUUCAAUCUGGUCUAUGACCGUGGCACAACAUUUGGCCUUAAGACGGGUGGCCGCAUUGAGAGCAUCCUUAUGAGCUUGCCCCUUACGGCAAGAUGGGAAUACAACCAGGAGCCUGCUGCUGGCACUCCAGAGGCGGAGCUUUUGGAUGCCUGCAGGAACCCAAGGGAGUGGGCGCAAUCUCGUCGCCUACCACGUCUCCCCUCCUUUACCCGUCGCACUUCGCGUACCCUCCCCGUUUCCCCUCCCAUCACCCACUUCGUUACAUUCUCGCUCUCCCUGAAACGCCCUCUCGUCGCCCUUGCUUUCUCCCCUCCCGUCACCCACCUCGUCGCCUAUGCGCUCGCCUCGAAAUCGAGGCGCAAUCUCGUCGCCUACCACGUCUCCCCUCCUAUUACCCACAUCAUCGUCGUCACCCUAAGCCCGCAAUGCCCUCUCGUUGCGCGCAGUCGACUCUCCUCGCCCAUCGCCCUGGCGCUGGCCUUGAAACGCUCUCGCGGCUUCCUUCUUCACUCCCCUCUCAUUACCCACUUCGUCGCCUUUGCGCUCGCUCUGAGCCGCCCUCCCGUUGCCUAUCAUCUCUCCACUCCCAUCCCGUCGCCCUCGUGUUCCCCUCUCAUCUCGCCCUCGAAACGGGCUCUCCGUUUUUGCCGCCCUCUCUCAGGCCCAAACUCACGUUCUCCCCUUCCCGUCACCAUCGAGCUCACGUUCUCCCCUUCCCCCGCCAUCGCGCUCACGUUCUCCCCUUCCCCCACCAUCGCGCUCACGUUCUCCCCUUCCCCCGCCAUCGCGCUCACGUUCUCCCCUUCCCCCGCCAUCGCGCUCACGUUCUCCCCUUCCCCCGCCAUCGAGCUCACGUUCUCCCCUUCCCCCACCAUCGCGCUCAUCUUCUCCCAUCUUCGCACCACCUUCGCGCUCAUGGUCUCCCCUUCUAUCACCUUCGAGUUCAGAUACUCCCCUACCUUCUCCCAAGCACCACACGUUCUCCCCUCCCCUCGCCAUCGCGCUCAAGUUCUCCCAUCUUCGCAUCGCCUUCGCAAGCAGAUUCUCCCCUCCCAUCUCCCUCGUUCUCACGUUCUCGUCUCUCAUCGCCUUCGCGCUCGCACCUCCCGUCCCUUCCUGUUGCCCUCGUGUUCUCCCGUCCCGUCCCGUCGCCUUCGCGCUCGCACCUCCCGUCCCUUACCGUCGCCCUCAUGCCCUCCCCUCCCCAAUGCCCCUCCCAUCACCCAACCAGUAACCUUUGCCCCCUUAUUCUCUCCCCUCGCGUCCGUGUUUCCGUCGGCCUCUCACUCUCCUCUUCCGACUCCUUGA